AUGCAUGCACCAUUGUCGUCGUCUGCGCACCAGUUAGCAUCAGUGAUGAGCAUCGAGACCUUCAUCCGCAAGCUCGCCACAAUGUACACGGCCCAGGACAAUGAGACGCGUCGCGCUGCCACCAUGGACGUCCUGGAGGCGGAGGAUCGAAUGGGUCCCGAGGAAAUACUUCAAAUUGGUGUGGGCCUACUGCGUGUUUCGGACCACGGCGUCGCAGUGCAAGCCUACGGCGCCGUCCUUUUGAGACGUGCCGUGGCGUCGGGUCGUCUCGCUGCAGAAAAGGUCCCCUAUAGUGAUAUUAUGAUGUGGUACCUCAAUGAGCCCUCGCUGUGUCGCCUGCUCUGCGGCGACCUGGUCGACCUCAUCACGGAGUGCAUGCUGUAUGAGUGGCCAGAGCGGUAUCCGCACUUCAUGGAGCAGGUCUGUCCACCACAGGCGCAACUUGCCAAACAUCCACGUAAGGUGCGUCUGCUCUCCACGCUCGUUGUGCGGCUUAUGGAUCCACAUCUCGGCAAUGUGCCGCUGCAUCGCAUGAAGCAGCCCAAACGGGCUCUCUCCGCUAACACCAGUGUGAUUUUGGUGGAGACGAUUCAAGCGCUCUUUGACCUCUACACUGCGGCGGGUGGUGAGCGGUCCCAGGAGUUAGCUGAGCCUACCCGUGAAUCUAUUAUAGACUGCCUGACUAUUACGGUGAAUUUGGCCUCGGGCGUCCCCGUGCGGCAGUGGUGGGAGGUGGGGUUAGGGAAUACGCUGUCGGUGCUGGUGCGCUGGCCGCCCGUGGCGC